AUCAGCACGCGUCCUCGAUGCCAAGAUAACAUUGACAUAUUACCAUGCGAGUCAAGUCUUUAUUGGGAAAUAGAGCUCGGGCCGCACGUUCAUUGUUACUAGCGAUGCUAAUCGUGUGUAUGUGGAGUUAUUGUCUCUAUCCAUGCUCACGAAGAGAUUACAGCGGUCCCAUAGAUGAUUGGUUGAGAAGCCCGAGAGUCAACUUACUACUACUAAGUACUACUACACGGUUCGGUUCUCUAUGCCCUUAAUCCGUCCAUGGUACUACUGCUUUACUUCUUGUUGGUUACGCCUAAGCUAUCUGAGUAGGGUACUCUUGUCAGUGUACGUAAGUGAAGA